AUGGUGUUCGAUGAGAAAAUAAUGGCUAAGCCAAAGGGCGAGAGAAAGGGUAAAUCUGCGAUAAAUGAAGUUGUUACCCGUGAAUAUACGGUGAAUUUACAUAAACGUCUCCAUGGAGUUGGAUUUAAAAAACGGGCUCCACGAGCUAUUAAGGAAAUUCGGAAGUUUGCCGAAAAACAAAUGGGAACCCCUGACGUCCGUGUGGACACUCGUUUGAACAAGUUCCUAUGGUCUAAGGGUGUAAGAAAUGUUCCAUUCCGUGUCCGCGUAAGACUUUCACGUAGGCGUAAUGAUGAUGAAGACUCAGCCCACAAAUUAUUUACACUUGUAACUUACGUGCCUGUUGCUUCAAUCAAGGGUUUGCAAACAGAAAAUGUUGACGCAAGUCAAGAAUAA